UUUUAAAAAUCAGUUUGAUUGGCCACAGAAAACGUAUUUUGGCAUCCCUGGGAGACCGGCUACACGAGGAUCCUCCCCAGAAACCCCCUCGCUCCAUCACUCUCAGGGAACCCAGUGGUAAUCACAGCCCUCCUCAGUUGUCUCCAUCACUUAGCCAAAGUACUUACACCACUGGGGGCUCCCUAGACGUUCCACACAUUAUCAUGCAGGGUGAUGCGAGGAGAAGAAGAAAUGAAAACUACUUUGAUGAUAUUCCCCGAUCGAAACUGGAGAGACAGAUGGCCCAGCAGUCGUCUGUCUGUGAAAUAUGGACCAACCAGAAUGCAGGAUUUCCAUUCUCAGCGAUCCAUCAGGUUCAUAAUACAGGAGACUGGGGAGAGCCCUCCAUUACCUUGAGACCGCCUAAUGAAGCCACGGCAUCAACCCCUGUCCAGUACUGGCAGCACCACCCAGAGAAACUCAUCUUCCAGUCAUGUGAUUAUAAAGCUUUUUAUUUAGGUUCUAUGCUGAUUAAAGAACUUCGAGGGACAGAAUCGACACAAGAUGCAUGUGCCAAAAUGAGGGCUAACUGUCAGAAAUCUACAGAGCAGAUGAAAAAAGUCCCAACGAUUAUUCUUUCGGUCUCUUAUAAAGGAGUCAAAUUUAUCGAUGCAACAAAUAAGAACAUUAUUGCUGAGCACGAAAUCCGGAACAUCUCCUGUGCUGCUCAGGAUCCUGAGGAUCUCUCUACAUUUGCAUAUAUCACAAAAGACUUGAAAUCGAAUCACCAUUACUGCCACGUCUUCACAGCUUUUGAUGUGAAUUUAGCCUACGAAAUCAUACUCACACUAGGACAAGCGUUUGAAGUGGCCUACCAGCUCGCGCUCCAAGCAAGAAAAGGUGGGCAUUCCUCAACGCUCCCAGAAAGCUUCGAAAACAAACCCGCCAAGCCCAUUCCCAAGCCGCGAGUUAGUAUUCGCAAGUCAGUGCAGAUAGACCCUUCGGAACAAAAGACUCUCGCCAACCUACCCUGGAUUGUAGAACCGGGACAGGAAGCCAAAAGGGGAAUAAAUACCAAGUAUGAAACUACAAUUUUCUGAUACUAAACCGCCCUCUCGUCCUUGUUGUGCCUUGCACUCCAAGCAGUCACAGCCCAGCCUUCCUUUGUGGCGACCUUUCCACCCCGCCAAUGGGGAAGCCUGCGCUGCACGCAUGGCCUUGUCACUCACAAAAGGCCCUGCGCACCAGCUAUUUCUGGCAAUGUUCUUCCUGAACCAAUGACCGAAGAAUGCAUCCAAGACUUUCCCAUUGCAAUCCAUAAGAGGAGGGAGUUGAGAGCCCCCCCCCCAUUUCCCAUCCUACUAUGCCAGGCCUCCCCAAUCCCCCCACACAUGAGGCAUUUGUAGUGACUCUUGCCACCGUGCUCUCUUUUGGUUGGUUAUUUGGAGAUUGUACUUUUUAUUCUUCUUAUUAUCAUUUUAAAAAGGGUCUCUAAUACUGCCGAAGAAUAUAAUAGUGUGGGCUUCUUUUUCAUUGUUGGCAGUUUUAAAGUAACAUCAGAAAAGACCUUGCGCCACAUAGUAUUUGUACACUCACUGAACUGCUACCUAUCAUUUAUUGUAGGCAGACAAAAAAAAAUCCCAACAAUUGCCAAGAAAUUCCAUUUCCUAAUUUCUAUACUUGUGGGUUUUCUACGUCAUCAAUUGUGUCAUGAUAGCCUAUAAAGAUGGCCUUUAAUCCUAUUACAGAGCGGAAAAUUUAAGAAUGGUUUAAAAAAAAGAGGAAUU